ACGCCCCCUGGGGAGGGCGCUGCGCCUGCGCCGGAACGGCCGCAUCGCUCCCGGAAGUGGAGGAUCUGACAGGAGAGAGCCGCUGGGUCUCGGCGCCCGGAGGCAGAGCCGCUCGCGAAUCUCGCCCGUCAGCCCCCGACUACCAUGUCAGCCUUCGACACCAACCCCUUUGCGGACCCAAUGGACGUGAACCCCUUCCAGGAUCCCUCUGUGACCCAGCUGACCAAUGCUCCACAAGGUGGUCUGGCUGAAUUUAACCCCUUCUCAGAGCAGACAAAUGCAGCAACAACGGUUCCUGUCACCCAGCUCCCUGGGCCCUCGCAGCCAGCAGUUCUCCAGCCCUCAGUGGAACCAACCCAGCCAACCCCCCAGGCUGUGGCCUCUGCAGCCCAGGCAAGCCUACUCCGGCAGCAGGAAGAACUGGACAGGAAAGCAGCCGAGCUAGAACGAAAGGAGCGGGAAUUGCAGAACACUGUGGCCAACUUACACGUGAGAGAGAACAAUUGGCCGCCUCUGCCCUUGUGGUGCCCUGUCAAGCCCUGUUUCUAUCAGGACUUCUCCACAGAGAUCCCUGCUGACUACCAGCGAAUAUGCAAGAUGCUCUACUAUCUCUGGAUGUUGCAUUCAGUGACUCUGUUUCUGAACCUGCUUGCCUGCCUGGCCUGGUUCUUAGUCGACAGCAGCAAGGGAGUAGACUUCGGCCUCUCAAUCCUGUGGUUUGUGAUCUUCACCCCCUGUGCCUUCCUUUGUUGGUACCGACCCAUCUAUAAGGCCUUCAGGUCUGACAACUCUUUCAGCUUCUUCGUGUUCUUCUUUGUAUUUUUUUGUCAAAUAGGGAUCUAUGUCAUCCAGUUGGUCGGCAUCCCUAACCUGGGAGACAGUGGUUGGAUUGCAGCCCUGUCUACACUGAAGCAAGACUUGGCUGUGUCGAUCAUCAUGAUGGUGGUGGCUGGCUUCUUCACACUCUGUGCUGUGCUCUCACUCUUCCUUCUAAAGCGGGUGCACUCUCUAUACCGCCGGACUGGGGCCAGCUUCCAGCAGGCUCAAGAGGAAUUUUCCCAGGGCAUCUUCAGCAACAGGACCUUCCGUAAUGCUGCCUCAUCUGCUGCCCGAGGAGCCUUCCAAGGGAAUUAGUCCUGACUCUCCUCCCUGUGCCCCAGCCUUUUUUCCCGCCUGCCCUCUGAGCUGCACUUUCCAUGGGUGCCUUAAGCAGUGCUAUGGCCAGCACAGACCAUAGGGGAGGGUCUUGCUGUGGCUCUUUCUCCUUUCUCAGCCAUCAGUUCUCCCUUCCACCGAAGGGAAGGGGAGGAGGGACAGGAACUUUUUUACACAAGAGAAAAGAAAAAACACGCAAAGUUUUUCUUCUCUGGUGGUUUGGUAAGAUUCUUUUGUCUCUCUGAAGCAGUGGGACUGAAGUUCUCUUUUCCCUACACACACACACACACACACACACCACAUGCACAUAUGAUAUGUACACACUUGGGAUCAUUGGAAAACCUAGGCCCACCCCACUGGGAGCUGUAUUUCUGCCGGCUCCUGGGCCUCCACUCAUCCCCUAGAAACCUGGCCUGAAUGGCUUCACAGCCACAGCCUUCCAGGGGCUUCCAUUGUCCUGCCCUACAUGCUGGGCUGAGAUGACCUCCCAAGGGCUCCCCUUUACUAGUAGAUGAGCUGUGGCCUGGGCUGGCGGAUAGCUCUUUUCCCCCAGAUCACUCUGGACAGGUCUCUGGGCUUCCAGAGCCUCUGACUGAUUUCUUAGCCUCUUUCCUGCCUCAAGUUUCUCACAGAUUCAUAGCCCUAUUGGCUCCCUGCACCUUCCAGCUGUGGACAGAACUCCUGUGCCAUCUGGGCCCUCCCUGAGCCCUCCCCUCCUUAUACUUACUGAAUGUGCAUUGGGGUUGGUUGAGAUCUGGGAAUAGGCAGGAACAGAGGACAACCCGAGUUGUCCUGCCCAGCCUUUAAGUCUUCUAGGAGGAGUGUGUGCGACUGUCCUAGUGUGGGUUGUUUGUCCCUGUUUGUUUUGAUUUCCUCUUCUCCUGGGGGACAGUUGUGCUCUGCCUUGGCCUCACAUUCUAACCCUCUGAUCCCACAUCAGCAAUAUAUAGCUUGUUUGACUCUUAAGAAGGGCAGGUCAGAUCAGUUCAGAACUGAAUCCUUCAGGCUGGUCUGAUGAGCCAGAGUUCCAGACUCAUCCUCCAGGGUUCUCCCAUACCCCGAGCAGGAGUAGAGUCUAGGUCACCUUUCCCUGGUCCUAGUUAUUCCCCAGGAGGUGUGUCACUGUGAUGAGCACCUAAGAGUCUACCAUCAACACCUGCACCCUACCCUGGAGAGGCUGUAGGGAUGGAUACACCUGGAGUUAGCUGUGGACUGAGGGAACUUCUCAAAAAGCAGGCAAUCCAGAGGCAGCCCUGAAUACAGCCCACUCCACUCCAGAGCCACUGAAUGAUGGUUUAAUGAUAGUGACCAAGGUUUUGUAAAUUUCUUUUUGGUAUCUUUUCUCUCCAUGUACAAAUGUAUAUGUUGUUUCAGUUUUGUGCUUAAAUAAAGACAUUUUCAGACAA